CUCAGAACCCGGCCGUGCUUGCAGCCCGUAACCCGCUGGACGGACGAGGUCACGGGGCCCCCAUUCAGCUGAGAACCCUGAGCCGACGCCCAGGCGCCCACGGGCGCAGUUUGAAAGGCUUUCUUUCCAGGACAGGCGGUGGUGAGCCGGAGUGAUGGGUGAAAAUGCCUCGUGUAAAAGCAGCUCAAGCUGGAAGACAGGGGCCUGCAAAGAGACAUCUUGCGGAACACUUUGCAGCUGGGGAGAUAAUAACUGACAUGUCAAAAAAGGAGUGGAAGCUAGGAUUACCUAUCGGCCAGGGUGGCUUUGGCUGUAUAUAUCUUGCUGAUACAAAUUCUUCAAAACUGGUUGGCAGUGAUGCACCCUGUGUUGCAAAAGUGGAACCCAGUGACAAUGGCCCUCUUUUUACUGAAUUAAAGUUCUACCAGCGAGCUGCUAAGCCAGAGCAAAUUCAGAAAUGGAUUUGUACCCAUAAACUGAAGUACCUUGGUGUUCCUAAGUAUUGGGGAUCUGGACUACAUGAUAAAAAUGGAAAAAGUUACAGGUUUAUGAUAAUAGAUCGCUUUGGGAGUGACCUUCAGAAAAUAUACGAAGCAAAUGCCAAAAGGUUUUCUCGGAAAGCUGUCUUGCAGCUAAGCUUAAGAAUUCUGGAUGUCCUGGAGUACAUCCAUGAGCACGAGUACGUGCAUGGAGAUAUCAAGGCCUCGAAUCUUCUUCUGAGCUACAAGAACCCUGAUCAGGUGUAUUUGGUAGAUUAUGGCCUUGCUUAUCGGUACUGCCCAGAAGGAGUUCAUAGGGAAUAUAAAGAAGAUCCCAAAAGACGCCACGAUGGCACUAUUGAAUUCACCAGCAUUGACGCACACAACGGCGUGGCCCCAUCAAGACGUGGCGAUUUGGAAAUACUUGGUUAUUGCAUGAUCCAGUGGCUUAGUGGCCAUCUUCCUUGGGAAGAUAAUUUGAAGGAUCCAAACUAUGUUCGAGAUUCCAAAAUUAGAUACAGAGACAAUAUUGCAAGUUUGAUGGAAAAAUGUUUUCCUGAGAAAAGCAAGCCAGUUAUUCUUCUAGGUGAAAUUGCUAAAUACAUGGAAGCUGUGAAAUUACUGGAUUAUACUGAGAAGCCUUUUUAUCAGAAGUUCCGCGAUAUUCUUUUGCAAGGACUAAAAGCUGUAGGGAGUAAGGAUGACAGCAAACUGGACCUCAGCAUUGUGGAGAAUGGAAGUUUGAAAGCAAAAGCAGUAGCAAAGAAGAGAAAGAAAGACGUGGAAGAAAGCACAGAAUGUAGUGUUGAAGGUCUGGAAUGCUCACGUUCUCAGGUGGAGGAGGUCCCACAAAAACGUUUAAGAACCAGAAAGAGAAACCAGAAGUAAAUCACCUGCUCAGAACCAACUUUUCUUCCUUUUCAUUUGCCUUUUUCUCCUUUUGUGUUUUGUUUUAUUUUCAUGUGUGUCUUGUGGGGUGGGAAUAAUAAUUAAAACCUUUGUCUUUGAAAAACAAAAUUUUUUUUAUUAAAUGAAUACUUUGUACAAUUCAUAGAGGCUAAUUUAUGAGUUUCAAAAACCUUCAGGUUGUACUUGUUAGCUACCAUACUUGAGUUGUUUUGUUUUGUUUGCUACCAUACAUGAGUUUUGAUGUACAUAUGGAAAAAAUUACUGUGGCAUCCACUUUCCUAAUCAUUGUGCACUUCCCAGAGUGGAUAAAAAUGUUUGACAAAGUCUUCCCUUUUAAGGAAAUGAAAAACUUAAAAUAAAGGCCAUUUUCCCUUGAUGCAGAUGACAA